UUUAGCCGGCUGUCAUUCGUGAUUCCGCCGUGUUGACAAAGGGACCGCAAAAGGAUUUUGUUACUCUUAAAUAAUAAAAAGUAGGUACAACUUCCGGCUCCUCCCUCGGACCACGCCAUCAUGUCCGACGAAGUCGCCAAAGCCCAGGCGGCGGACGCAGCAGCCGAGGAUACCAUUUUCGGAAAGAUUCUGAGGAAGGAAAUUCCGUGCACUUUUAUCUACGAGGAUGAUAAGUGCGUCGCCUUCCACGACAUUUCUGCCCAGGCGCCGGUCCACUUUCUGGUAAUUCCCCGGAAACCGAUCGCGCAACUUUCGAAGGCCACCGAAGAGGACGAAGCCCUGCUUGGCCACUUGAUGUUGGUCGGAAAGAAGGUCGCUGCCGAGCAAGGAAUGGACGAAGGAUUCCGCGUGGUCAUCAACGACGGCAAGAACGGAGCGCAAUCCGUUUACCAUUUGCAUUUGCACUUUCUGGGCGGGCGCCAGAUGAAGUGGCCACCGGGUUAAAGCUGGUGCACGGUUGUUACAGGAUGUUGGAUUUGUUUGAAACAAAUAUACAAUGACAUUUAAAUCAAUAAA